AUGGAUCCCAAGGGCUCAAAGCAGACGCAGGAAGUAUCAAGUUUCUUGAAUAACAGCACAGGGAUGGGCGAGAAUAAGACAGCAGAGAUGAAGGAUUUUCAGAUUGUGGUUGCUGAGAAAGAAGAAGGAAAGAAACAGGCACUGGCACCCAAGAGAAGCUCGAGUAAAGAUAGGCACACGAAAGUUGAAGGUAGAGGGAGGAGGAUAAGGAUGCCAGCCCUUUGUGCUGCAAGAAUUUUUCAGCUGACCAGAGAAUUGGGACACAAAUCUGAUGGAGAAACUAUACAGUGGCUGUUACAGCAGGCGGAGCCAUCGAUAAUUGCUGCAACAGGGACAGGGACUAUACCGGCAUCGGCUUUAGCAGCAGCAGGGGUUUCUAUUUCCCAGCAGGGGAACUCUAUAUCAGCAGGGAUUCAUCAAAAGAUUGAUGAAUUUGGUGGGCAUAUGGCGGGGUCAGGUGGGGGUGGGAAUAGGACUAGUUGGCCUAUGGUAAAUUUGGGGAGACCCCAUAUGGCAAGUGCAGGGAUAUGGCCCCCUGCUGUCAGUGGUUUUGGAUUUCAGUCAUCGUCAUCAUCUUCUGGUCCAUCAACAGUUAAUCUGGGUAGUGAGGGUUCUAAUUACUUGCAAAAGAUUGGGUUCCCAGGGUUUGACCUGCCAUCAAGCAAUAUGGGGCCAAUGAGUUUUACCUCAAUUUUGGGUGCUAGUACUAACCAGCAGCUUCCAGGGUUGGAGCUUGGGCUAUCACAAGAUGGUAAUAUUGGGGUUUUGAAUCCUCAGGCAAUGAGCCAGCUUUACCAGCAGAUGGGACAGUCUAGGAUGCACCCUCAACAGCAGCAGCAUCAGCAUCAGCAGCAACCAUCUCCCAAGGAUGAUUCUCAAGGAUCGGGACAGUAG